AUGGAGUACCUUCAGAAGUUGAAACCCAAGUCCAUAUCGAGAACCAAGCCCAGGGUAACGUCAAAAACGAGUCUGAAGAGGACUUUUACAGGCUGUUGGACAUGCCGUUCUCGCCGGGUUAAGUGUGAUGAACGCAUCCCAAGCUGUACCCCGUGCGAGAAGUUCGGGCAGGCUUGUGCAGGCUACGCGCAGAGUCUGGUUUGGGUUACUCCAAACCACAAGACAUACCAGCACGUUUCUACGUGGAAAGGCUUCGUUAUCCAUGAUGCAAGUUCCGUCGACGAAUUGAUCGAGAGAUGUGAUAUUGUUAAGGAUGAAAUCGACAACGGCAGAGUGUCCUGUCUACCCUUUUCAGUGUUUCAGAACUCACAAUGCCAUCUAGCAGAGGUCGAGGAAGCGGAGGCCUUGACAGAGUGCGACAAUCUUUCAAGUCCCGGAAAUGCCUCUGCUGUCGAAGACUCUCCGGUAUUCACACCUUCAGACUUGUUCACAUCAUCACUGCAACUCCUCAUGCCAACAGCAGAUAGUCGAUUGACUCCAGCAGAAGCUAAUUUAUUCCAUCACUACGUAUCGCGUGUUGCUCCUAUGUUACUACCUCUUGACGAUACAGGAAAUCCGUGGGCUACCUACCCCGCGAUGGCGUUACACUACAGCUCUGUUGGUCAAAGGUAUCUAUUAUAUGCGUUGCUAGCACAUGCUGCGAUUCUUCGUGCCAACAUAGGCUCAGACACAGAGAACAUGCUUGCUACGGGAGGGAAGUACUAUGUCCUAGCGAUGGAGGAACUACGAAAAAGUCUAGGAGAGGACAAGGUUGACUAUCUCUUCCGAGGGAGUUCAAAAACGUGGAGACAUCACUACAAUGCUGCGUGGGAAUUCUUGCAGCAACAAGGAAAGCAAAAGAAGUGGACUCGCUCAGAAGAUGCUUGGUAUGCUACCCAGAGCUUUUAUUUGCUCCGAAUAAUGAGCGAAACAUCUCUUGUUCGGGGUGAACGAUUUCACGCUCAUCAGAUCCGCGUGGAUUCGGAGGACGAUAUCCCGCUCAAAGAAUUCUCUACCAAUACCCACUUUGGAUAUACCAUAGGUGCAUCAAACACUUUGAUGUCUUGUAUUUCAGAGAUCAACGAAUACUCCCAGCAAGGAUUAAUAUUCGGUGUGGAUGAGGCUACUGACGAAAUUGUUGGGAAUUUACGGAAACAAUUAGAAGCCUUCAGGACAACAACAGCUGUAAUUCAGGGUCUCCGAGUUAGGUCACCCAACGAUGCCUGCGAAGGCUUGUGCAGGCAUUCAGCCAAACAGGCACAUCUUCGAGCGUACACUGCGGCUGCUCUUGUUUACUUCCAUCACGAGUUCUACGCUCUACCUCCAAUGGCUAUGGCUCCUUACGUGUCGGAAAUUCUGAAUUCAAUUUCCACUUUUACCGAGCUGACAAAAGGGAAUUAUACACUGUGGCCAAUUUUUAUUGCAGCUGUGGAAGCUUAUGAGGAAGUUGACAUCCGCAGGUUCCAAGAGCUGUUCAGAAACGCUUGUGCUGUUGGAAUGGCAAAUCGAGUGCAAAUCCAGAAACUCGUAGAGCGCAUCUGGAAAAUACGAGAAGCCCAGGCCUCCCAGACAGGACAGGAGAAAGGCUUAAUUAGAGUGGACUGGAAGAAUGUCAUGCAUGUUCUCGAAAUGGAUGUGUUGCUAAUAUGA